UCAAUCGGUCACUUUCUCAAUUGUAGUCAGUCAUUUAUUUGCGUUCGUCGUGUAGAAGACAUUAAAUUGGAGUUAAAAGCAUUUUUAAAUUAAAAAAGGAGUGAAAUUGUGGACGAAUAUUGUAUCCCGUGCUGUGCCAUUUCUGGAAAGGAGAAAAAAUUUAGUAUAUUUGCUGUAUUAUAAGUGUUGACGCGUAGUUUUCCUGUUUUCAAGUGAAGUUAACCGCUAAAAAUCAAAUAUGAGCUGGCAAGAUUAUGUUGACAACCAAUUGAUGGCCUCGCAAUGCGUCACCAAAGCCUGCAUCGCCGGACACGACGGAAAUGUUUGGGCAUCUUCCAAAGGUUUUGAGGUAACAAAGGAUGAACUCUCUAAACUCAUUUCUGGCUUUGAAAAUCAGGACCUCUUAACCAGCAAUGGUGUUACACUGGCCGGCCAAAGAUAUAUCUACUUAUCCGGUACAGAUCGUGUAGUCCGCGCCAAGUUUGGACGUAGUGGAGUUCAUUGCAUGAAAACUACCCAAGCCGUGAUUGUUUCCAUCUAUGAGGACCCCGUUCAACCACAACAGGCCGCAUCCGUCGUAGAGAAACUUGGAGAUUAUCUCAUCACCUGUGGGUACUAGAAAAUAAUAAAAAACACUAUACAUAACACAUAAAAGUAAUUAUAAUAUUAAUAAACGAAAAAUAUCAUAAAAUUAUUAUUUGAUAAACACUUUUGGAAUUUUCAUACAAAAGAAUAAAUAUAUAAAAAAUAAAAUACAUCUUAUAAUACUAAA